UUGAUCUUCUUCACUAAUUGUCUUGUGCUCUUUCUGGGUUUUUGCUAUUUUGUUUGUUCUGUAACUGGCGAUGUCCCUUACAUUUUUUGAUGAUCUGGUUGAAUCAUAUGUUUUUCACAAGUAUCUUGUACCAUGGAGCAUUAUUUAUCUGUGCCUGAAACCCAUUCACAUGCUAACGUUUCAAUGUCGUUCCUUUCCUUAUUAAUCUUAAAAAACAAAAAAAAUUUGAAAACAAUUUCUUGUUUAAAUUCUUUAUAUUUUUUCUUUUCGAUUCUCUUCCCACUUGAAUUUUAUAUUGUGGGUUCAUGUUUCUUUCCUUUUUACUUUUUUUUCUUUCUUAAAAACUGUGGCGUGGAGAUAUAGUGACACAAAUCUAUUUCUUUAAUCCACAAGUAGAAGUAGGAUGGGAAUUGGGAAAUGAGUAAUAAGUUAAUGAACUUCUGGAUGAUUUAUCUAUAAAUUUGUGUGAUAUUUUUUGGAGGGGUUUAAAGCCUUAAUCUUGGACCCGUCCCGAAUCGGAUUAGUUGCUAAGCAAUGAACCGAAAAAAAGAAAAAGAAAAAAAGAAAGUAGGGCAUAAUUAUUUCACUGUUCAGGUUCCAAUUUUUUUUCCUUGUUUUUCUGCCCUGACCUCUCUAAUAUAUGGUGAGUGCAGCAUCUAAUUGUAGAACAAGUAUCUCAUAUGGGUUUGAAUUCUCUUCUUAUUGUCUGAAAGCUAAACAAAUGUCGGGUUCAAGGUUUCUCUUCAGUAAUGGCAUCCUUUCACACACCUUAGAUGCUCCUCCAGUUAAAGUCUUCCUUGAAGCUCAUACAGGUGCUUACACAACAUCACGUACUCACAACAAUGCUUCAUGCUUGUUAUUUUGGGAAAGACAUAUGAAAAGACUUUCAGAAUCUAUACUAAUUCUAUCAAAUUUGGCUCCACGGCUUCUAUUUAAAUAUAAUAAUUCUGCAAUUUCGCUGCCAUCAUCAACAACCUUGCCAAUAUUGCAACCCAUAGUGCAGAUGCUUGUUAAGGAUUCAAUGUGCAAGGUCUUGCCAAUUGCAUUGAAAGAGAGGAUUGAUUGUGAGGAGCUGGCCAUUACAACUCUUGUUAGCGGUAAUUUGGAAGAAUUGAAUGCAUGUGAGACUGUGGAUGAGAAAAGAUUGAAUAAAAUUCUUGAUGUGCAUGCGCAUGUUGAGACUUAUUUCCCUCCUGCAUUUGGUAUCCGAGGAAAUGGUGCACAUUUGGCUGUAGUGGGAUAUGGGAGGGAUGUUGCAGCUGCAAAAUAUUCAGAUUGGGUAAGGAUUAGGAAGACUCUGGAAAAGCUCAGGCCCCCUUCAGUGACAGAACUGUUGCUGUCUAAUGAUGGUGAUCAGAUACUUGAAGGAUGUGUGACAAAUUUUUUCAUUGUAUGCUGCAAGGAUUGGGAUUCAGAUGAUGGGAAGGCCCUGAGUGAUUAUGGAAAUAAAUACCCUUUUGAAGUACGGACAGCCCCUAUCACUGAUGGUGUUCUUCCAGGAACAAUACGCCAACUAGUGCUUGAGGUGUGCAGGAGUGAAGGAAUCCCAUUUCGUGAAGUUGCUCCAUCAUGGUCAGAACAUAAAAUCUGGGAGGAGGCAUUCAUCACAAAUAGCUUAAGGCUUUUGCAACACGUGGAUAGUAUUCAGGUUCCAACAGAAUGGCAAUCAGCCCAUUCCAAAACGUGGAAGGAUUUAUCAUGGACAAAAAAGCAAUUUCAGGGUGGACCUGGGAUGAUCACAACCGUAAUCCAGGAUAAGAUUAUGGAGAAAGCAAUUCUGGAAGGGUACCCAAUAAGUAACAUAUGUGCAGAGUAAAGAUACUGCACUGUUACUUUUAUGCUGGGAUGAAAGGGACAAUAGUUGACCUUCUCUUUCUCUUCCUCUUCAGUUGGCCUAUUCAUUGACAAUUCCAUAGUUUCUGACCUCAAUGAAUAGAUGAUGACAAUGUGAUCUCUUGGAAGAUGACCACUUUAUUGAUCUAAAGUCUGAACAUCUUUAUGAAUAAGCCAUGGACCAAAUAGAGAGACAGAGAAAUCAAUAAACCACUUAUGUGAAGAUGAGAAUAUCCGUUUAUCUCUGUUUAUAUGGAAAAUGACUUCUUAAAGAUGAAAAAUGUUUUCUGAAAAUUCAUUUAUU